AUGGUUAAACGGAAGGGGGGUGGAGACCGGUUUGGCCUGCGACAUUUCGAACUGCUGGAGGAUGGAGUGGAUGUAGAACGAUUGAGAGGGAGAGAGAGAGAGAGAGAGAGAGAGAGAGAGAGAGAGAGAGAGAGAGAGAGAGAGAGAGAGAGAGAGAGAGAGAGAGAGAGAUGGUGCGGGCAGCACGAUCGCGACGAAUCUCCAUGCCAAGAUAGUGACGAAGCUCGCCGAGAUCCUUGCAUAGAAGACGCGCCUACAGGGCCUUUUUUACAACAAGAGGAAGCUCCCUAG